CUUAACCAUUCGGCGGUUUGGGCCGGCCGUGCCGGUAGUUGAUCAAAAAGAAAAGAAACCUAACAGUUCAAAACCUUGUCGGAAGUCGCUGGAAUAGUCAGAUCCGGAUGGACCGGAUCCACCCACACUCCACCAGCUCUUGCCUGCACCGUAACAGCGUGACUCUGCACUGCAUAAGCAAAUAUUCUUUUGAUUCUGUAUUUGACUUCUCCUCAGAUCAAACCCUUAAGGUAUGAAAAAAAAUCAAACCCUUAUGGCUGUUGACUUCAAGAUCCUACUGGGGAAGAGUUUCAAAUUUGGAGAAGCUUUUCUUUUCCAAUCCUUAUGUACUAUAGGGUUGCAAAUUUUGAGCUUGAGAAAGGGGUGUAAUUUGUUUUGAACAAGUAGAAUCCAAGGUACCCAGAAGGCAUUUUUGACAUUUUUCUGUGGGAGAUAGAUGCAACCAAGUGUAGUGUCAAUGGUGGAAAGCCAGGAACCUACUGUUACAACUAGACCAAACCAAUAUAGGGUUUUCCCACAGAGGCUGCUUCGGUUACUUGUACCUAUCCUGCUCUUGUGUGUUGCCAUUUCAUUCAUUAGCAUAUAUCUGAUUAGGUACUUUGGAUUUCAAACCACACUGCCCAAGGCACUAGAGAGUUUCCAAACCUGUGGAAACGCGGGGGAGCGUAAUAAUUUAGAACACUGGAUUACGCCUCCGACCGAUUUGCUUCACAACAUGACUGACACAGAGCUGUUCUGGAGGGUGUCAUGUGUUCCGCAGAUAAAGGAGUAUCCAUUUGCGAGGGUUCCGAAGAUUGCUUUCUUGUUCUUGACUAGGGGGCCAUUGCCAUUGGCACCGCUUUGGGAGAGGUUUUUUGAGGGGCACGAGGGGCUAUAUUCAAUUUAUAUUCAUGCAUUGCCAUCAUACCAACUUAAUUUUUCGUCAUCAUCAGUUUUCUACCAAAGGCAGAUUCCGAGCCAGCUCACAGAAUGGGGGAUGAUGAGUAUGUGUGAUGCGGAGAGAAGACUUCUUGCUAACGCAUUGCUCGAUAUCACCAACGAGCGGUUCGUGCUCGUCUCUGAAUCGUGCAUUCCUAUCUACAACUUCAGUUUUGUCUACCCGUACAUAACAAAAUCCAAACACAGCUUCAUGGGCGCAUUCGACGACCCGGGCCCGUACGGGAGGGGACGCUAUGACCACAACAUGUUGCCGGAGGUCACCGUGGCCAACUGGCGUAAAGGUGCCCAAUGGUUCGAAGUCAACCGGAAAGUUGCAAUCUAUAUCACGAAAGACACCAAAUUUUAUCCAAAGUUUUUGAAUUUUUGUAGACCUCAUGCCUGUUACACGGACGAGCAUUACUUUCCGACCAUGUUGACGAUUCUAGCGCCAGAUCUCUUGGCGAAUAGGAGCCUCACCUGGACGGACUGGUCGAGAGGUGGGCCCCACCCCGCUACGUUCGGAGAGGCAGAUAUCACGGUUGUGUUCUUGAGGGGACUACUUGAAGGUCAGAGCUGCCUUUAUAAUGACCAGACAACUUCGGUGUGCUUGCUUUUUGCAAGGAAAUUCGCUCCUAGUGCAUUGGAACCUCUGCUCCUCCUAGCACGAAAGUAUUUUGGCUAUUGACAUUCGACGGGCAACGGAGUUUGUCAGUGGUACUAAAAGUUAUGCUUAUGCUUUGGUUGGACUACAGAAUUGUGCAGGAAUUUACUGAGAGAGAAAGGGAUUUUGAGAAAGAACGAAGUCUUCCGGAGAACUUGGCAACGUGUCUGCACGCGUGAAAGGAUUCUUUCGUCGUGAUUUUUUCUGUUGUAUACUACCAGCACUCGCUCAUUUGCGGUGAGAGAAAUUUAGAGAUGUAGAGAAAUCUAGCAGUUGAUUCUUGUAUGGUAGAUGUAUUCUUGUACUAUUGGUUUCCGGGGAAUAUUUUCAUUGUCAUGUCAGCGUCUUUUUUCUACCUAGUGUUGUUGCAGUUGCAGAAAGAGUGCAAGUGUGCCAUGGUUCCUUCCUUCCAGGCUGUGUAGUGUGUACAGUGUACCCAUUGCUUUUCUAGGUAAAUCCCACAAAUUCAAUAUACAAACACAGUUUUAAUCUCU